UAUGAGGGAAAAUGUAUCGUCUCGGCUCACAGUCUAUCUCCAAGAUCGCUUUCGAUUUCUUUUUAUCCACUGUGCCAAGGGAAUAUUUUCAUUUUACCAGACAAUACAAUAAAGGCUGGUCGUGUAUUGGCUGAUUUUUGGUUAAAUUUUUCUAGUUAUCUGCACGAAAAUGCCGAGGAACAAGAAAAAGAAUAGCAGGGGGGGCCAGCAUGGGGCUGUGCAGCCUUUCAGUGAUGAGGAUGCCUCCAUUGAGACCCUCAGUCAUUGCAGCAGCUUCAGUGACGCCACCAGUGUAGCAGAUGAAGGUGGCGAGACCAAUGAGGAUUCAGCCCAGGAGGAUUUCCAGUAUAAACUGAAGGGGUUCAUAGAUAGCACAGUAGAUAAGAGUGCUAAGACGAGACAGGGGGCACUAGAUGGGCUUAAGACAGCAAUGGCUACACGCAUCCUGUAUGAGUUCAUCUCAGAGAGAAGGAUGACCAUCACAGACAGUAUUGAACGCUGCCUCAAGAAAGGCAAAGGUGAGGAGCAGCGAGCAGCAGCUUCUUUAGCCUGUUUGCUGUGCAUCCAGCUGGGCUCAGGAAUUGAGAGCGAGGAGGUGUUCAAGACGCUGAAACCAAUCUUCAAAAACAUCCUGGCAGAUGGAUCAGCCAACAUACAAGCCAGACAGGCUGUAGCAACAAGUCUGGGCCUCUGCACAUUAGUUGCUGAGGAUGACAUUUUGGAUGUGCAAGCGACCAUGGAGUGUUUUGAGAACCUGUUCACCCGGUCCUAUGCAAAGGCGGAUGGCACUUGUCCUUCGAUCAGUCCUCAAAUGAGCCAGCUCCACACAAACUCUCUGCGGUCCUGGGCACUGCUGCUCACAAUCUGCAGUUCCAGCCAGCUCAAAGACAUCCUGCAGAAACACCUGCCUAAACUGCAGAGGUUGCUCGAGAGUGAUGACGUGAACAUGAGGAUUGCAGCUGGGGAGACUAUUGCUCUGCUUUUUGAGCUGGCCAGGGACAUCGAUUCUGAUUUUGAAUUUGAUGGCUGGGAUGAACUUUGUGAUAAACUGAACGCGUUGGCCACAGACUGCAACAAGCACAGAGCCAAGACUGACAAGAGGAAGCAGCGCUCUGUGUUCAGGGACGUUCUCAAAGCUGUUGAGGAGGGGGCCUUCCAAUGUGAGACCAUUCGCUUUGGCACAGAGCGAAUGAACAUUGACAGCUGGGUCAGAAAGAGGACAUACGAUGCCUUCAGAGAAUUCGUGGGCUCUGGAAUGAACUACCACCUACAGGCAAAUGAAUUCAUCAGAGACGUGUUUGAACUGGGACCACCUAUGCUGGUUGAUUCAGCCACCAUGAAGGCCAUGAAAAUCUCUCGCUUUGAAAGGCAUCUUCACAACUCUGCUGCAUUCAAGGCUCGGACCAAGGCCAGAAGCAAGUUCAGAGACAAGAGGGUGGACGUGGGAGAGUUUUAAUAAUUUCUUUUGACUCUAAUAAGCUAUUUAUCAAGCUUUCCUGCUUUUAGAUGAAUUGUCACAAGCCUAAGUUAAUGCAGUUGUCCCAAGAUCUCUUUGUGUAUCAAAUGCUCACUUUCUGUAGGCUUAAAUAUCUUUUUAAUAACAGCUGUUGCUUUUUAUUGGGGGAAAAACAUCUUUCUGUCAUCUACAGCAAGUGAGUAUUUGAUAAUUAAACAGAUUCUAGGUGGACUACAACUUGAAUACAGUUUGUUCACAGAAAGGUGGUGUACAUUUGUUAGGUAUCAUGAACAUUUCCCUUUUUUUUUUUUUUUUUUUUUUUUUUUUUUAAAUGAAA